UCAGCUCGCCGACGUACCUCGAGCUGCAGGCUCUCACCGAUUGUGUGACUCGUCGAUCUGGCUUCUCGGUGGGACUCUCAAUGUCGACCAACGGCGCCGUCCUGUUGUGCGCCGCUCUGCUGGUGGCGGGAGUGAACUGCUUGGAUAACGGCCUCGCCCAGACGCCUCCCAUGGGUUGGCUCACGUGGAGUCGGUUCAUGUGCAACGAGUGUGCACUGGGUCGCCACGAGAACUGCCUCACUUCUGAGCUCAUCCUUCAGAUGGCGGACAGGAUGGUUGAGGAUGGGUACCUGGCUGCCGGCUACGAGUACUUGAUAAUAGAUGACUGCUGGAGUCAUACCGCAAGGGACCCGGAAGGAAAACUUUUUGCUGACCGUGACCGGUUCCCUGAGGGAAUGAAUAAUCUCGUUGAAAAGGUCCACCAGAAGGGGCUGAAAUUCGGAAUCUACGCUGACAUAGGCGUGAAGACAUGCGGAGGUUUUCCCGGCAGCUACGGAUUUUAUACGACCGAUGCUCAAACCUUCGCUGAUUGGGGCGUGGAUUACGUCAAGGUGGACGGCUGCAACGCGAAGCCUUCAGACCUGGACACGUUGUACCCACAAAUGGGAGAGGCUCUGCGUUCAACAGGACGCGACAUGGUGUACUCUUGCGAGUGGCCGUUCUACCAAAUCAUCGCGGGUAUAGUGCCUGACUACAAGAACAUAUCAAAGAACUGCAACUUGUGGAGGAACUACUAUGACGUUAACUACAGCUGGGACAGCAUUUAUAAUAUAAUUAACUUCGAAGCAGCAGUUCAAGACCUUGUCACAAAUGUGUCUGGGCCUGGUGCUUGGACAGAUCCUGAUAUGCUCGUUAUUGGAAACUUCGGUUUGACAAUUCAGUUACAACGUGCCCAAAUGGCCUACUGGGCCAUCAUGGCUGCACCGCUCAUAAUGUCCAAUGACCUCAGAGAUAUUUCACCGGAAUCGAAGGACCUGCUACUCAACAAGUUCAUCAUCGCCAUCGACCAAGAUCCGCUUGGAUUGAUGGGAAGACGCAUCCAUAAGGGAGAAAACCUCGACAUCUGGGCUCGCUGGGUGACUCCGGAACUUGCCGACAGAAAGCUGUCCCUGGCCGUCUUGUUGUACAACACGAAAGUGCUCGGUGGCCCCGUCCAGGCCUCCAUCCCGCUCCAAAGCCUCGGCCUGGACAGUCCCACGGGCUACCUCGUCACCGAUCUCAUCCGCAACAAUACCGUCGUCGGAAAGUUUUAUCCAGAGCACAGUAUCAACGCUACGAUUGCGCCCAUGGACAUUUUCUUCUUUAAGGCUACCGUACUUAGUGGCAUGCACGACACAGUUUUAUAAACAAUUUGUUGUUUGAA